CCCUCAAGGAGUUCAAAUUCUAUUGAGGGAAUACAGCACAUACAGAAGUAAAUAAAAGUAAGAUGAUCUAAAGAGGGAGAAAACACUAAAAAAGAGGGAUGAGGAAGGGUAUUCCACAGGAGGUGACACAUGAGAUGGGCCUUUAAGGAAGCUAGGGAUUCUAAGAGGCUGAGGAGAGAAAGGAGUACAUUCCAGGAAUGGGAGGUAGCCCCUGAAAAGGCAUGGGGACAGGACAUGGAAUACCAAGUUCGGGGAAGAGGAUAAGAAAGGUAAUAACAUACAGUAAGCCUGGAAAGGUAGAUUGGUGCCAUGUUGUGAAGAGUUUUCAAUGCAAGUUGACUUCGUAGUAUAUCAUAGCAGUGGGGGCCACUGAAAAAUGUUAACUCCUAAAGGGCAUGGACUGUUUUUUUGUUUUGGUUUGGUUUUUUGCCUGUAUCCCUAGAGCCUAGCCUUGUGCUUUGCACAUAGUAGGUGUUUAAUAAACAUUUAUAGAACUGAAUUCUAUAUUUGUUUAAUGAAUAAAAUUCCUCAUAUGUCCAUUUGUAUUGCUGGCUUUCUCUUCUGUGCUGUAUAGGAUUUACAUGCUAGCUCUUCUUCUCUGACCCCAUCUUCUCUCUGCUCUCAGCAAUUCUGUAUUGAGUUAAUAGGUAUCAAGCCUGGAGCACCAGAGAGAGGGUCGUGGAUUGAGGAGACAGAAAUCUCAGUCCCAGAGUGAAGGUCCCAGAUAAAAGUGAUCUUGCCUCUAGUCCCCCAGGUGCUGGAGAACAGGUACUCAUCCCAGGAGGAGACACACCUGGCCAGAAACUCUGGUCAGAGUUUCAGGAAGGAGCAAGUCCUAGAAGACUCAGAUUGGAUCACUUCCUGUUAUCUUGUCUGGGUAAACAGGACUGGGGUGACAUCAGACUAUUCAGAAACCAGUGAGCACUGCUUAACCUUAGAGAAUCUGACCCAAAUGCUUCAGGAGAGAGGUGAGAAUUACAGAAGGGGGAGAUGAUGUGGUUUCCCUAAUAAGGAAUGAAUAUAUCCUGCCUCGAACCAUUUAAUGGGACCUUUUCCUCUAAAGCUGACAGGAUUGAGUCUGAGAGUAUAUGUAUGUAUAUGUAUGAUGGCAUAUGAUGUGUAUGUAUGAUGUGUUUAUGUGGGUACCCAAACAGAGAUCCGAGUUCACAUGUCUGGGUACUGGGGCAAAGGUGUGAGUCUUUGUGGGUGUUGGGGCAGAAGCCUGGGCCUAUGUGUGUUAGGGCUUUCUGUCAUAAAGUAUGUAAGAGGGGUCACACCAAACUCUUCAGUGAGUAGCUCCAGCUUGAUCAGUUUGGGAACCACAAGACAAGAUCUCCCUUCAUUUUUUUUUUUUUUUUUACUCUUCCACAGCUCAGCCACCUCAGGAAUCAGCAUUUCCCCUAGCCGUUUCACCAAACAGAAAGUAAUGUACUCUGGCCUGGUAACAAUGAGAUCCCAGGAAUCAUUGACAUUCAAGGAUGUAGCUGUGUACUUUACCCAGGAAGAAUGGGGGCAACUAGACCCUGGUCAGAAAUAUCUAUACAGAGAUGUAAUGCUAGAGAAUUAUAGGAAUCUAGUCUCAUUGGGGCAUCACAUUUCUAAGCCAGAUGUGAUCUCCCAUUUGGAGCAAGGAGAAGAGCCUUGGACGGUAAGGAGAGAAAUCCUAAGAGGUAAUUCUCCAGGUGGGAUGACCAUGCAUGAAACCAAGCAGGGCACUUCUGAAGAGGAAUUAGCCCAGGUGACAGUGGAAAGAUUUCCAAAAGGUGUUUUCUGGUACUCUGAGUUAAGAGAUACCUGGAAGCAUGUUGGUCCAUUUGGAAGGCAAAUGGUAGUUCCUCAGGAGAAAAUUAUCCCCGGGAAGACAGACCCUAAGUGUAAUGAAAUUAGUCUGAAUUCAGUCCUUGUUACAGAACAGAAAGUUUCCGUAAGAGAGAAAUCCCAAGGAUGUGAUCUGUAUGGAAGAACCUUUCAAUUUAGUUCACACCUAAUUAGACAUCAGAAAAUCUGUGUAUGGAAGAAACCUUAUGAAUGUCAUGAAUGUGGGAAAGCUUUUAGUAAAGGUGCACUCCUAAGGCAGCAUCAGAGAGUCCAUACUGGGGAGAAACCCUAUAAAUGUAAUGAAUGUGGGAAGGCUUUCACACUGCGUGGGAGCCUUACUGGACAUAAGAGCAUUCACACUGGAGAGAAACCUUAUGAAUGUAAUGAAUGUGGGAAAGCCUUCAGACUGCAUGCACACCUUACUCAACAUAUGAGAAUUCAUACUGGAGAGAAACCUUAUGAAUGCAACGAAUGUGGGAAAGCCUUCAGAUUGCACGGGCACCUUACUAAGCACCUGAAUAUUCAUCCUGGAGAGAAACCCUAUGAAUGUAAUGAAUGUGGAAAAGCUUUCAGUAAAGGUGCACUCCUUAAGCAACAUCAGAGAGUCCAUACAGCUGAAAGACCCUAUAAAUGUGAUGAUUGUGGAAAAACUUUCAGUAUGAGUGCACUCCUUAAGCAACAUCAAGGAGUCCAUACCGGAGAGAAACCCUAUGAAUGUAGUGAAUGUGGGAAAGCCUUUAGACUUCGUGGAAGCCUUACUCAGCAUAAGAGCAUUCACACUGGAGAGAAACCUUAUGAAUGUAAUGAAUGUGGGAAAGCUUUCAGUACAGGUGCAAUUCUUAAGCAACAUCAAAGAAUCCAUACUGGAGAGAAACCCUACAAAUGUGAUGAAUGUGGGAAAGCUUUCAGCCGGAGUUCAAGUCUUACUGAACAUAAGAGAAUCCAUACUGGAGAAAAACCCUAUGAAUGUAAUGAAUGUGGGAAAGCCUUCAGACUGCAUGGACACCUCACUAAACACCAGAGCAUUCAUCCUGGGGAGAAACCGUAUGAAUGUAAUGAAUGUGGAAAAGCCUUCAGACUUUGUGGAAAACUUACUCAACAUAAGAGAAUUCACACUGGAGAAAAACCAUAUAAAUGUAGUGAUUGCGGGAAAGCAUUUGGGGAUGGUGCACUUCUUAUGCGACAUCAGAGAGUCCAUACUGGAGAGAAACCCUACAAAUGCAAUGAAUGUGGAAAAGCCUUUAGUCGUCGUGCAAACCUUACUCAACAUAAAAGAGUCCAUACUGGAGAAAAACCCUAUGAAUGUCAAGAAUGUGGGGAAACUUUCAGUCAGAGUAAACAACUAAAACGACAUCAGACACUUCAUACUGGAGAGAAACCUUACAAAUGUAAUGAAUGUGGGAAAACCUUCCGUCAGAGUAGGCAGUGUACUCAGCAUCAGAGAAUUCAUACUGGAGAGAGACCCUACACAUGCAGUGAAUGUGGAAAGACUUUCAGACUGCAUACACAGCUUACUGAACACAAAAGCAUUCAUACUGGAGAGAAAGCUUAUGAAUGUAAUGAAUGUGGGAAAGCCUUCAGACUGCAUGCGAACCUGUCUCGACAUCAAAGAAUACAUACAGGAGAGAAACCCUAUAAAUGUAAUCAAUGUGGAAAUGCCUUUAGGCACAGUUCAACUCUAGUCAGACAUCAGAGACUUCAUAGUGGAGAGUAAUCCUGGGAUUUUAGUAAACGGAGAAAUGCUUCUGUUAUAUUUAUCCUUUAUUCAAGUAUCUGUGGUCAUUAAGUCAUAGUUUGUCACUAAUUGAUUUUGUCAUGUCUUAGAGAAAAAUAUGCCUCCUCUCUGUAUUUCUUUUUGCUCUACUGUACACCUCAGUGCCUACAAGGAACUUCACAUCAAUUCACCUUAAAGCAUAUCACCUUAUAAUUAAUAUGGCAAAUAAUUCAGCUAACAUCAGUUUCCUGGUAAUAUGUGUAAGUUUUUAUGUUGUUUGAAUUCUUAAAAAUUACCCAGUUUAAAGUUUUCAACACCUAUUGAAAUUUUUGCAUAAUUUCUGGUAUUACCACACUAGUAGGCAUGACUAACCAGUACAGUUAGGAAGUUGAUCAUUAGUUUUAAUUGGCUUUCAGUGAGUUAACCAUCUUUUUUAGAUGUAAAGUUAAACAAGUGUGAGGUGGGAUGAGUGCUUAUAAGAUUAUUGUUAAGGAUCAUAGAUUUAAAAUGUCAAGGAACCUUAGAAGAUAUAUUGUCCAACCCCAUUUUGCAAAUGAGGAAACUAGCCUAAUACUGUUUGAUUUUUCCAAGGUCACACAGGUAGUGACAGAAAGGGAUUUAAACCUAGAUGUCUUAAGUUGAGGAUUGAAUGGAGUCAGGUUCCUUGAUCACUUUCCCCUACUCCCUAAAAUAAACAAUAGAAAUACCAGAGGGAAGAGAAAAGGUUAAAAAUAAAAUAUAUGCACACAUGAGAAGAAAAAAACUAACCAAAAUUAAAUAUGAACAAAGAAACAGUGCUGAUACAACUGAAAAUACUUAACAAUUGAAUCAGGUAAAAUACCAGAAACUAUGAGAGAUGUAAAAGGAUGUUAUAAAAAAACAGUUGAGGAUUUGUUCUCCUAUUGGAUAUGUAACAGGCAAAGUCUGAAAUAAUGAAGGAAAUACAAGUUCAAGCUUCUGAGCAUAUUGGUUUAUUAAGAAAUGCAUGCCAAUAGCAUGUCAAAUUGGAACCACACCUCCUCAGCUUAGCACUGGACCCUAAAUACAGGAAGAGAUAGAUUUUUAUGCAUUAAAAGAAAACAGGAUAUAAACCAGGAUACAAGAUUGGAUAACCUAAUUUCUAAUUACAGGACAGAUUAGGGGCUUUUUAAGAGAAAGUAAACAGUUGCAGUUCCUUGAAAUCAGGAAAAAAGAGGUAUCCCACUCCCCAAAGUGUCUGUAUUCAAUCAAAGGAACAAUGAAACAGUAACUGGUUGAUUAGUAUGGGGCCAGUUUUCAAAUAAGACAUAUGGGCUGCUUGAGAUGUAUAGUUGUGAGAAAAUUCCUUGUGUCAGUCUUUGUAUCUGACUGGGCAUCUGGUGAGUAUCACCUAAGUCAGGGCUGUCCAACCUUAGGUUUUUAUUGAAACAAUAGACAAUAUAUUUUGAUUU